CGGUCCAACGAAACGCUCAGUCGUUCUUGAUACGCGAACAGGUUCACAUCGAUUGUCAGAGUCUCGGAUUUCUACAAUAGAUUAAUACAGACUGCAAGAAAAUGUACAAGUUAUUGUAUUUCAACGUUACCGGCCUUGGGGAGUCAAUUAGGUUUUUGUUAAAUCAAUGUGGCAUUAAAUUUGAGGAUGUUAGGUUUACCUCCGAUGAUUGGCCAAAACAUAAACCAAACGUGCCCAUGGGACAAGUGCCAGUCUUAGAGAUCGACGGGAAGCAAUAUCAUCAGUCCAGGGCCAUCGGACGAUUCCUCGCCAAGAAGGGCAAUUUAUAUGGGUCUGAUGAUUUCGAGGCUAUGGAGAUUGAUGCUACUAUUGAUUCUAUGGACGACAUAAGAUUAGCAUUAUCCCAAUAUUACUGGGAAAAAGAUCCCGCUUUCAAAGAGAAACUCAAAGAGACUGCCUUCCAAAAAUUGCCCUAUUAUCUCGACAAAUUCGAGGCUCAAGUUAAGAAGAACGGCGGAUAUUUCGUUGGUGGCAAGCUGUCGUGGGCAGAUCUCCUGUGGGCUGCAUAUUUCGAUUAUCUGAGUUUUGUUCUGGGGGAUGAUCCGAAUAAGGAUCAUUCCGAAUUGAAGAAACUAGUGGAGAAAGUUCGUGCUUUGCCUAACAUUAAAGCUUAUAUUGAGAAGCGACCCACAACCCAAAUCUUUAAUCAGUUUCUCUGCAAUCUAAUAACAACUAAUAUUAUUGCGGAACAAAAUAUGCCGACGUAUAAGUUAAUGUAUCUCAACGCUACUGGCAUUGGGGAGCCAAUUAGGUUCUUGUUAAGUCAUUGUGGCAUCAAAUUUGAGGAUAUCAGAAUCACUUUUGAUGAAUGGCCAAAGUAUAAACCAAACAUGCCCAUGGGACAAGUGCCGGUCCUGGAGAUUGAUGGGAAGCAAUAUCAUCAGUCUAAGGCUAUUGGACGAUUCAUCGCCAAGAAGGGCAAUUUAUACGGAUCCGAUGAUUUCGAGGCUAUGGAGAUUGAUGCUGUAGUCGAUUCUAUCGAUGAUAUAAGACACGCAAUGGGCCAUUAUUAUAUGGAACAAAAUCCCACCUUCAAAGCGAAACUCAAGGAAAUCGUCUUCCAAAAAUUGUACCACUCUCGCGAUAAGUUUGAAGAACAAGUUAAGAAGAACGGCGGAUACCUCGUCGGUGGCAAAUUGUCUUGGGCAGAUUUCCAAUGGGCUGGACAUUGUGACAUUCUGAGCUCUAUUCUGGCUGUGGAUCCGAAUGAAGAUCAUCCCGAAUUGAAAAAACUAGUGGAGAAAGUUCGCGCUUUGCCCAACGUUAAAGCUUACAUCGAAAAGCGACCUAAAACUGAAUUUUAAAUAAACCCUUUGCAACGAUUAUAACUAAUUGUAAGUAAUGCAGCGAAAAACCUGCACCUAUUAGAAGAAAU